GCGGCCAAGAAGGAGGAGGAGCGCAAGAAGCGCGAGGAGGAGGAGGCGGCUAAGGCGGCUGCCGCCGCCGCCGCCGCCGCCGAGGAGUCCUCCUCCGACUCGUCGGACGACUCGAGCGACUCGGACGACUCGUCGGACGAGGCCAAGCCGGCCGCCACCAACGGCGCCGCCGCCGCCAAGAAGGACGACUCGUCGGACUCGGACUCGAGCGACUCGGACAGCGACGAGGAGUCGUCGGACUCGUCGGACUCGGACUCGUCGGACGACGAGGAGGAGCCCGCCGCGGCUGCCGCCAAGGACGACUCGUCUGACUCGGACGUGCCCGUUUCGGGACUCGCCCUGACCCUCUCUCCCUUGCCGCGCUCGCAGUCGUCGGACUCGUCGUCGGACGACGAGGACGAGAAGAUGGAGACGGACGCCCCGGCGCCCAAGGAGUCGAAGAAGCGCGCCGCCGAGACCGACGAGGCGCCGGCCAAGAAGGCCAAGGUCGAGCAGGAGGGCGAGCCCGAGUCGACGACCGUCUUCGUCGGCCAGCUCUCGUGGAACGUCGACAACGACUGGCUCCAGAGCGAGUUCGCCGAGUGCGGCGAGGUCGUCUCGGCGCGUGUCGUCACCGACCGCGACUCGGGCCGCUCGCGCGGGUUCGGCUACGUCGAGUUCACCACGGCCGAGGCGGCGCAGAAGGCGCUCGAGCUCGCCGGCAAGGAGGUCGACGGCCGCGCCAUCAAGGUCGACGUCACCACCCCUCGUGCCCCUCGCGACGCCGCCCCGAAGAAGGUGUUCAACGACCAGCUCUCGGGCCCGCCCACCACCACCCUCUUCGUCGGCAACCUCCCGUUCUCGGCGUCCGAGGACUCGGUCUGGUCGGCGUUCGCCGACUUUGGCGACGUGUCGUCGGUCCGCCUCCCGACCGACCCCGAGUCGGGUCGCCCCAAGGGCUUCGGCUACGUCGAGUUCUCGACCGUCGAGGGCUCGACCGCCGCCGUCACGGCCGGCGGCCCCGAGUCGUCGGGCGAGGGCGUCCAGAUCGACGGCCGCAAACUCCGCCUCGACUACUCGCAGCCGCGCGGUGAGCGCCAGGGCGGCGGCGGCGGCCGUGGCGGCUUCGGCGGCGACCGCGGCGGUCGCGGCGGUGGACGUGGCGGCGGGCGCGGCGGCUUCAACGACCGUGGCGGUCGCGGUGGCGGGCGUGGCGGCUUCAACGACCGCGGCGGCGGACGCGGUGGUGGGCGUGGCGGCCGUGGCCGUGGCGGCGCUGACGGCGGGUGGUCGUCGCGCGGCAACGCUCGCACCGGCGGCGCUGCUCCGUUCGCCGGCAAGCGCCAGACCUUCGACUAGAUCCCCCUCUCGUCACUGUCUCUACUCUUCUAUCUCUUGCGUCCUAGACGGCGCGAGCCCUGGUUGUACUUUGUCCUCCUUCCCCUUCCUCCUCGCUCGGGCCUCUCGAGGCGCCGAGCUGUAACACCAAGCUUGCCUUGCGCUCUCAUC